AACUAUUGGCUGAAUGACAUGUACAUGGACAUACGAAUACCACUGCCAAUCAAUUCUAAUCCUGGCAUGGUAUUGCCACCUAUGCGUUUUGUUACUGUACAUGAUGUGGCACGGUUUGCUGCACGUAUUAUAGAUGGCAUAAUGCAGCAUAAAGAAUUGCUUGAUAGUGGAAGUUUGCCUAUCGAACGUACUGCAUCACGUGAGAAAAAUCAACCGCUAUGUAUGGCACAAUUUUAUCGUCUGUUAGGUUCAUGUCGUCGUCCAGGAGUAGAUCGCGACUCACAAUUUUAUACGCAACAAAAGACUGACGAUCAACACGUCAUUGUUAUGUGUCGCAAUCAAAUGUAUUCCGUAAUACUAAAGGCCAGUGAUCGAGGUAAACUGUCUGAAAGUGAAAUAGCUUCGCAAAUACUAUAUGUGUUAAGCGAUGCACCAUGUCUGCCAGCGAAGCCGCCGCCAGUUGGUCUACUUAGCGCUGAGCCACGUACAUUAUGGGCACAAGAUCGUGCCACCUUACAAUUGGAUGAGCGUAAUCAGCGCAUACUUGAUUUAAUUGAUACUGCUUUGUUUGUUUUAUGCUUAGAUGAACCACUACCACUCACCUUUAAUGCCUGCGGUUUCAAUGGUGCUGAAACAUCAGUUCAUUAUGCCUGCAAUCGUGAUGAAACAAAUAUGGCUCAUGAGAUGAUACAUGGCGGUGGCAGUGAAUAUAAUUCCGGAAAUCGUUGGUUCGAUAAAACUAUGCAAAUAAUUAUUUGUAAUGAUGGCACCUGGGGUCUUUGCUAUGAGCAUUCCUCAUCGGAAGGAUUAGCUGUUGUCCAACUAUUAGAGAAGAUAUAUAAAAAUAUUAUUGAACAUCCUACUGAUAAUAAUGGUGUACCACAACAUCACUUACCACCACCCGAACGUUUAGAAUGGGACAUACCAUCUGAAAUAAAUAAACGCUUUGCACAGGCAACAGUUACUGUCAAUAAAGCAAUAGAUAAUUUGGAUUUCUAUGUCUAUCGUUAUAGAGGCUAUGGAAAAAGUUUCAUAAAAUCGUGCCAAGUUAGUCCAGAUGUUUACAUACAACUUGCUUUGCAAUUAGCUCAUUUUAAACUUUAUGGGCAUUUGGUGGCAACCUAUGAAAGCGCUUCUACCAGACGUUUCUUAUUGGGCCGUGUUGAUUGUAUACGGGCUGCUAGUACUGAAGCAUUAGACUGGGCAAAAGCUAUGUGUCAAGAUGAAGGAGCAAAUGUGGGCUUAGAGAGCGAUCGCGAAGACGAAGAUGACACCCGUAAGGUGAAGUUUAGCAUUUAUAGCAAGGAUCAUUUACGUGAACUUUUCCGUUGUGCAGUAGCACGUCAAACAGAAGUAAUGGUACAAAAUAUUCUAGGUAAUGGCAUUGAUAUACCAUUACUUGGGUUGCGUGAAGCUAGCAAAGAAGUAACUGGUGAAUUACAUGAACUCUUUACCGAUGAAUCAUAUAACAUAGCUAAUUGUUUCUUAUUAUCCACUAGUCAGGUACCCUGCAGUACCGACAGCUUUAUGGGCUAUGGUCCUGUAACACCACGAGGAUACGGUUGCUCCUACAAUCCAUAUCCAGAUCAGAUAGUCUUUUGUGUUUCAGCAUUUUACUCUUGUGAAGACACAAGUGCUUCACGUUAUGCCAAAUCACUGAAAGAUACUCUGGAUAUUAUGCGUGAUCUGUUACAAAAUUAAACUACAACUGUUACCAAAAUACAACAAAACAUAUCAGUAAUUGUACCUUAAACGUAGAAAAAAUUUUCUUUAGUAUAUAAUACCGCACAUAUCAUUAUA